GUCUACGUAUACAAUGUCUAUGGACAGGACCAGCUACUUCAAUACAAGACAGCUACAUGUUUUAUAAAUCAAUUGUUUGCCACUACUAGUUUAUUCCAAGGCUUAGUCAUAAACGGACCUAAUUUUCUUUCAUUCGUAUAAAGUGUUUAUAUGUAGUCAUUUAGAAGUAAAUGUCGGGUAAGUAUUAUUCAGUCGGGCUGCAUUUUAUUCAUGCACGGACGACGAUUUGCUCGUCGUCCUUGCAGAUCCGACUGGUAACAGUCUUUCCAGUUAUGAAAUGACAGAGACAACAAGUACUGCUAGCUGUGUGUCACUGACCGCAGAAGAUAGUCCCGAACAUAACAGGUAGGUUCAGGAGAGUCCGAGUGUCUCGUAUAACUUAUCAAAUGCCUCAGCCACAAAGUCUCUUUUGACCUUUUUUUCACCUUAGAUACAUGUAUUUAUUUUAUGUUAUAUUGGGCUUUCUCGACUGUCUGCAAUAUUGAUUCAACCCUCUGUGUUUUCAUUACACAUUAGUUUUCGUUUGGGUUGCAACAUGCAGCGCACUAUUAGUAACCAUGAACUGUUUAUCAAUUUUCAUACUGAUUUUAAUCCCAUAAAAUGAACAAUAAAUCCACAAUUAAACUCUGUAGUUGAAAGGCAUUAGUCCACUUUUUACUGAAGAGUUUUGGUUUGUGAUCUGUACUUGUAUUCAGAUCAAUAUGCUAAUAAAAAAAUCAGAACUCCAAAAAGGUAUUUAAGUUAAAUAACUGUAUGAUACUUUUGAUUAUGAUGAGUGAUUACAGAUUAAACUUUCCAAAAGUGAGCAUGGUAUUUUUCAUUUUACUCCCCCUCUGUACCAAUUACAGCAUUCCUACUUUUUAGUUGCAGUAGGAGCCCAUAUUGAUUUAAAAUGAUAAUGCAUUGUAAAUCUUGGUGAUUGUAAUUUCUUAAUCUCAAGUUUAAAAGCAUAACUUUCACCUUUAAACGGCUCUACUUAGUUGUAUAUUUGUUGCACUCAUUGUCUCUAUCUGAUACAGCCAGGAGAAAUGUGCAAGAAAAGGAAAUGGCUGAUAUAAAUCCUUUUCAUGUGGAUGGCUGUUCAAUAAAACAUGGGUUCAGAGAAUACCAGCACUGUUUGCAGCACAGUUUACAAUGCCUGUUAUGUAAUACAUCAUUAACAUAACAGGCUGUUGGACUGAAGUAGUGCUUUGUGUGAUUGAUCCUUGGACUAUGCAGUCGGGUAAGGUGAGGUUGUCCUGCAGCAUUCAGACAGCAUUUGACUCAACCCUCUGACUCGUGUUCCUCUCCAGUCUGACACUCAGACCUGAUCAGGAUGAAGAGAGUCCGGGUCGCAGUGGUGGGCGCAGGUGUGGUCGGCUUCUCCACAGCUGUCUGCAUUGCUGAGGCUCUUCCUUCCUGCUCUGUCACUCUGAUAGCUGAGAAGUUCAGUCCAGACACCACCAGUGAUGGAGCUGCAGGGAUCCUGUAUCCUGGGACUUUCCCGGGUGAGCAACAAUAAUUCUGUUAGAUAAACACUCAAAUGCAUGCUGUUUUUCUUGAAUAUUAUUUUGCAAGGGUAAAAUCUUUUAUAUUGCAAAUAUAAAGUUUUAAAUGUGUUACACAAUUGUUUUGCAUGCUUUAAAUGAUAAAUUAUAUUAUAUUUUAUAUCAGAUAUUCCCUUGGAAAGACAGAGACAUUGGUUCAAGGACAGCUUUGAUCACCUGUUGGCCAUUGCUCAAUCUGAACAUGCACCAGAGGCUGGAGUUAUGCUGAGCUCUGGGUAUUAACUUUUAUAAAGGGCCAUAUAAAGAGGGCAAACUUUCAGUCUUUUUGCACGCAGUGAUUUUUUAAAAUUAUGCUUAUUUUUUUACUCUAGAUGGCAGAUUUUUAAAGAAGUUCCAGCCAACAAGAAGCCACACUUUUCAGAGUGCAUGUUCGGCUUUCGUUUCAUGACUGACGAGGAAUUGAAAAGGUUUCCAGAUCAUAAAUUUGGGCAGGCGUUCACCACCGUAAAGUGUGAAUGUUCCAGCUACCUGCCAUGGCUUGAAAAGAGGUUAGUGCCUCACUUUAAACUCCUGUUAGAAAGUUUGUGGGUUUUUUUAAUUCCCUAUACAGAUUAAAAGAAAUAUUAAGAGUUUAAUUUUUGAUGGAUUGAUGGAUGAAAGACUUUCUGUUUUGACACAGGUUCAGACGAGCUGGCGGUCAGGUGGAAAAGAGGAAGGUGAACAGUCUUCAGGAGCUGAGCAGCAGCUACGACCUGAUAGUAAACUGCUCUGGUCUGGGCUCCAAAACCCUGGUGGAUGACGGCGAUGUGUACCCAGUCAGAGGUCAGGUCCUGAAGGUGGAGGCCCCCUGGCUGCAGCACUUCAUCAGAGACGGAGAUGGAAAAACCUACAUCUACCCUGGCAUACACAGUGUCACCAUAGGCGGCACGAGGCAGCAGGAUGACUGGAGAUUGAACGUGGACCCAGGAGACACAAAAGGUAUCCUGGAGCGCUGCGGCAGACUGGAGCCGUCGCUCAGCAAAGCUAAAGUCCUCAGUAAGUGGGUGGGGCUGAGGCCGGGCAGGAAGAACCCGAGGGUGGAGAGGGAGGUGGUGCAGUUGCAGGGUCGCAGGGUCCCCGUGGUCCACAACUAUGGCCAUGGAGGGUGGGGGGUCACGCUCGCCUGGGGGACGGCUCGGGACGCGCUGGGGCUGGUCAGGCAGUGCCUCCAUGACAUGCCACUACAGGCUAAACUGUGAACAAAGCUACAUCUUUAUACUCUUUACACUAAUGAACAGCUCGUCAGAAUUUCAAGCAGAGAUCUUAACGCACUGUAGGCUUGAAAAAUGUACACUAUGUAACUUAUGCAGCAAUAGUCAGAGAACACUGGAAUUAUGGUGAAAGGCGGCUAUAAUGUAUAUAUUUUUAUCUUAAUUUCUGCUUUAGGUGCCAAGAACAUUUGCCCUCUAAGAGGCCAGUUUUAAUUUCAGGGAAAAUUGUAGAUGAAAUACACUGUAUUUUGUUAAAGAUGUGGAAUCAACAACAAAGAUCAACAGCUAUGUUGGAUGAAUACAGAAAAUAACAUAACUACUGAUUUAAAAAAAAGGAAAGACUGAACACUAUUAACCAGAAUACAACUCUUUUUGAAAUUAAGUUUACAUGUAUAAUUCAUGUUAUUUUUUGGGUAUGAUACUAUUGUACUAUCGCUUAAUGGUUUCACAUUAAAAUAGUUUUUCCAAAUGCACAAAUUAAACCACUGAGUGCUACUAAAA